AUGUCCACCCGUAAGAGAAAGCAAGAGGAGGAGGAGGAGCUUGUCUCCCUUCCCGACGACGACGGCGAAGAGGAAGAGGAGUACGAGUCCGAGGAAGACGCAGAGGAAGGCGACGGUGAUGACGACGUGGAAGAGGAAGAGGAGGAAGAGGGCGACGCUGAUGAAGACGCUGAAGCCAAUGGCUUAGACGAGAAAGCUCCUCCAUCAAAGAAGCGGAAGACCGAGACCGAGGAGGCCGCUGAGGAGGAGGAAGCCGAGGACGAGCCCGAGGGUGGUGAGAAAGCCGGCGAGGGGGAAGAGGCCGAGGCUGACGAAGAGGCCGCCAACGGCGUAGACGAUGCUCCUGCCAAGGGCGAAGUCAAGGCCGCCGACGCACCCGCAGCCGCUACCAACGGCGACGCCGCCAAAGCCGUUGCUGCUGGUGGCGAUGCCGAGGAGUAA